AUGUCAGAUUCCAACGGUGCGGGGGCGCGCACCCCAUUUCAGGACAUAAGUAACAACCAAAAUUCGGACCCUAAAGAAUUAAAGAGGCAGAGGAACAGAGAGUAUUAUGCACGCAAUAAAGAUGACAUUCUUAAGAGACGUCGUGAGGCCCGUGAUAAGAAAGCUGGUUCAACACCAAUGCUUACUGACCAGCAAAAUGAAACAAAUACGCCCGUGCCUAUGUCCCGAGGUGCCAUAGAUGUGGACACGAUUGAGCUGCAGGGGCAAAUGGUUGGCGAACAUUAUUCGCACAAUGUGGAUGAUGCAUUCAGUGGACAACUUCAAGCUGAACAAGAAAAUGAAACACAAACCCAGUUGUCCAUGCCCAUUGGUAAUGAUGCUCAAAACAGUAGAUACAACCCUAUGUGUUCAUACUAUUUAUCUUUGUAUGGAGACCCUAAGGAGUUGAGGAGGCAAAGGGACAGGGAGCGAUAUGCACGGAACAGGGAUGAGAUAUUAAAACGACAACUCAUAUCCCGUGAAAAGAGAAAGACUGCAAGUCGACUCGUGAACGAUGAUACCACUGUGUCACACACACCAUCUACAGGUCAAACCGGUGUCACCGAACUACAAAGGCUGACAUGUGAUGUUACAGGCUUAUCAAGUAUGCAAAAAUCAUCUCACGCACGCGUCCCUCAUAACCAAGAGAUUAAUUUAACAAACGAGGAAGAUUCCAAUUGGUUGCAUAGGAAUGAUGCGUAUCAGAGGCAGCAACGACAUGGAAGCUCAGAAAUAGCUAUUGUUGUGCCUCUAGGCCGGCUAAUUCAACCAACUGGGAGCAUCAUCAGAGAUAUUGCACAAGGGCCUCUCACCCAAAAUUCAGUGGUUCAUGUACCCCAAUUGAGCAUACUACAUGGUAAAGAUUCCACAAUCGAAUAUGCGGGUUAG